AUGGCAGAGUUACAAGACAGUAGUAAACUCGAAAUGCAACCUAAUUAUGCAAUUGAAAAUAAUAGUGAUCCUAAAAAUAUGCAAGAAUUAACACAAUAUGUUCAAUCGCUUCUUCAACAAAUGCAAGAUAGAUUUCAAACAAUGUCAGAUCAGGUUAUAAAUAGAAAUAUCCUUUUAAUAGUUUUUAAUUAUCAAGUUUUGAUGAAAUGGGUAAUAGAAUAG